GAUGCGUCUCUUCCCUGUUUCCUCUCGCCCUGCCGUCAUCGUCGCCCCAUCGACCCCUCGGGUACGUUGAGGCUCGCAUCGCAUUCGCGCUCACAGACACCAACGCGCAUGCACAUAUACGCUGAGCUUAUGCGUUUUUUCGCUCUUUUUUAUUUCGUUGUUGACGGUGGACGGAACACGUAUAAUUUAAAGAGGUAAUAACAUGUACGGGGACAGGGUCCACUACGAGAACGGCCAGCCGACCUACACGGGUGACACCGUCGUGAAGUGCUUCAAGGACAACGGAAACGGCCUGCUCUUCCGCAUCGUCAACAACGACGAGUACAGGUGGGCGUUCUACAACGACACGACGAACUACAACAUGGUGGUGAAGGUCUCCUUCGGCAAGGACAGCAAGGUUGAACCCCUCAUGAACACUAAGACGUGGCGGAACGAACGGACGGCGGAGUUCGAGUUCGAACUGCACAUCGCGCCGACGCAGACGGAGAUGUUUAUCGAGGGCGAGCCGAACGGCUUCAAGAUGGUUUUUACCGCAGAGGACAUGUCAACGGAAGGCGGUGACGCUCGCGAGCUGUCCGAUCAUCCUCUCGCCACCGUCGCUCCAAUAGGCCGUGAGUAG